AUGCAUCAACAACUAGUUCAACAUAGUCCACAAACUAGUGACCCACUACUGGAUAGACUGAACACAGAAUUUAAAAAUCUACUCAGCCAAACAUCUUCGAGAAUUCGAAGAGUAGAGAAAGCACAGAAUGACAGGAAACCUGCAGAAGAAACAAUAAUAAUACCUGCAGUCAUGCACACAUAUUCAGCAUACGCCACUGAUCCGUAUCCCCAAUACAGUGAACAAAUAUCUUACACAAAUCUGGAUAACAAUAUGAACAUCUUAUCUGGAAAUGAAUAUGGAUUGAGAAAUAGUGGUGGGAACCGAGGAAUAGCUAGAUCACUAUGGCCUUAUGACCACCGUCGACGUUCUCACUCAGAAUAUCGUAGUAAAAUACCAAUUUUGCCAGAGAAAGCGGAUGCACUAGUUCAGCAGUCUGCUAAAACGUUGAAACACACAAAACUGCUCAAUGAGUUAGCCAGUCAUUCAGCUGAUCGACAAGAUCACGUCGUACCUUCAGUUACAGUGUCUUCUUCUAAUCAACCGUAUAAAAAUAGCAGUUUUCAAAAUGCAAUAUCAAUCGAAUCGAUUCGAAGAAAUUUUCCUCCAACUGAUUAUUAUCCGGUAGUUCAGUUGAACAAACAAUCAACCAGUAACACACGUCCGAAAUCUUCGCUUGAUGAAGUACCUGUUUGGCGAAUGGAUGAUAUAAACUUGCCUUCCUGCUUACAUGAGAGCCGAUCAGCUAACCAGUCAAAAGAUUCAGCCUCAUUGCAGUAUAAUAAAGAUGAUUUAUUACAAUAUUCAAAUAUUAAGCCUUUAUCAUAUGUCCCAUGGAAAGAUGAAAUUUGUAUUGAACGGAAACCCCCAGAAGCACCCUAUUAUUCAUACAAAUGUCCAGUCCCUAAAUCAGCUGUUUAUGUUAAGCCUCGUAGCCCUAGAAAAGUCAAUUCACUGUCCUCACAUGCAAGUGGAUCAGCGUCGAAAGAUUUAAAUGUAUCAUACAACACUAAGAAGAAAGUCACUUCUGGAACACAAUCACCUAGUAUUAUGUCUACAUAUGUACCGAUAUCUUCAGGUUUAAAUGAAAAUUCAAUGUCUCGGAAGAGAAGCGAUGCAAGUAGCUUAAACAUCAAUUCAGGUAAAAAAUCAUAUCCAAUUUUCUGA